AUGAGUCUUCGUAGAUUUAUUGCUCGAAGAGGUCGUAUAGACGACAUUUUCACGGACAACGGAACAAAUUUUCAAGGGACUGCCAAUUUACUGAAGGAUAUUAAUUGGCAGGAGGUUGAAAGUGUGACGGCAGUCCAUUCUAUAAAGUGGCGUUUUAUUCCACCUAGAACUCCUUGGUGGGGAGGUUGGUGGGAGAGGCUCAUUAGAGUAUUAAAGGAGAUGUUGCGAAGAAUAUUGGGGCGUCAGCGAUUGACUUGGGUAGAGUUGGACACAGUCUCGUGUGAUUGUGAAGCUGUCAUUAAUAGUCGGCCACUAACAUAUGUCUCGACUUGUACCGACGAUUUGCGGCCACUUACACCUAUGUUAUUUCUACAUGGCUUACCUUCUAAUGAUACUUCUGAUUUAGAUUAUGUAGAUAAUAUGAAUUUAAAUGUAAGAUACAAAUAUUUACAAAAGUUGAGAGAAGAUUUCAGAGUUCGAUUUCGUAAGGAGUAUUUGGCUUUACUUACAGCUAGAUGGAAGGAGAAGACAAAAGAAAUGAAGAAAGAAGAUAUAGUUCUAGUAGAGACAGACGCGAAAAGGCUAUUUUGGCCCUUAGGGUUAAUCAUGGAACUAGUUACCGGGGCUGAUGGUGUUACUCGUUUGGCUAGAGUCAAGACUCAAAAAGGUGAAACUUUAAGACCAUGUCAGAGAUUGUAUCCGCUCGAGAUUUCAAAUGAUUCUGACUUCUUGCAACGAGCUGAAGUAACGAUAGAGGAUGAGAAGUUAUCAGUAAGUUCAGAUAGUCCCGACUUACCCUCCUUGGUUACAGGUGGCGCGAAGGUGACGAAAACAACGCGGUGCGGUCGAAAUGUGAAAUUGCCUGCUCGGUACUUAUGA